UACUACUGCCGCUUGUACUGGAAAUACCAACUGGUGCUACUACCACUACCACUACUACUACUGCUACUAUAAUUGCUGGCAGCAGUACUAUUGCUCUCCCCCCCGACCCCCACCUCCCCUCUCGCCGCCGCAAUUACUAAUAAGCCAGGCUUUCUAUUACUACCACUACUAUUACAAUUACUAUACGUACUACUACUACUACAACUACUACCACUACUACUAGCAUUACUAUCGUUUCGCCGCCAUCUCCACCUCCACCACCUUAAUCACGCCACACACACACACACGCUAUUACCGCCGCCGCCGCCACCACCACCACCACCACUACCACUGUCACGCCACCUUCCGCGCCAUCGCCUCCGCCGCCGCCAUCAGACCAGUCAGCCAGCCAGCCUGUCAGUCAGCCAGCCUAUGUAUGUGUGUGUGUGUGUGUGUGUGUGUGUGUGUGUACGUCGUUUGUGCGUGCGUGUGCCUGUAUACGUAUGUGCGUAAGCGUGUGUAAGUGCGUAUGUGUGUUUGUGAGUGUGAGAAAGCCGCCAACCGACCGCCCGACCGACCGACCCGUCACUCAGCCAUCCCUCCAAUCCAUCCAGCCAGCUUAGCUAGCUUAGUAGAGCACCUACUACAGCUAGUGAGCAAAGUUGUUGUUACUAUUAUUAUCAUCAUCAUCAUUAUCAUUAUCAUCAUCAUCAUUAUUACCACCACCACCACUAUUACUACCACCACCUCCACCCUCACUAUCACCGCCACCACCACCUUCGCCGCCGUCGCCUCCAUUAAUAAUACAAACAUCAACCGCCACCACCACCACUACCAUUUCUACUACCAUUAUUACUAUCACUACUAGCUUUAUUACUACUACUACUACCACCACCAUCAUCAUCAUUGCCGCCGUGGUGGUCUCUUUUUACUUUAAAUAUAUAUAUACACACACACACACGCCACACACCAUUAUUAUUAAUAACAACAACACUAAAAAUUAUUAUUAUUAUUAUUCGUAGUAGUAGUAGUAGUACCAUUAUUAUUAUUAUUAUCACCAAUAUCAUUAUUGUUAUUAAUAUCAUUCUUAUUAAUACCACACCGUCAUCAUCAUCAACAACAUCGCGGUCACCGCCAUCCUCGUCGAGUAUAUCAUUAUUACUAUCAUUAUUAUUAUCAUUACUACCAAGUGUUAUUAUUAUCAUUACUGUUGUUAUUAUUAUUGUGUCUAUGGCCAUGUAAAUGCAUCAUGUAGUGAAGUUAGCGGAAAGAGAUGGUGCGGCAAACGAGGUAUCUCCUGGUUGGGAACAUACCCGAGAAACUUACCAAGGAGAAAAUAACAGAACACUUCAAGAACUAUGGAAAAAUCCAGAAUGUGAAGUUUCAUCCCAAGAAGGAAAAUGAAGUUGGAAUUAGUGCAACAGUGGCAUUUAUGGACAUUAAAUGUGCCUCCAAGGCAUACAGCUCAGAAAACAAAAUAGAAAAUGUAAUAUUACGGACAGAAUACAGUGAAGGGACUGCUACGGGCAGUGUAGUAACAAGACCAGUCGAUCCUGGAUUGACUACGACAGCAACCCAUCGAGGACAAUACUUACAUACUCGGGUACCAUCAACAAGUUUCACAUCUCGAACAAAAGGCUUGGAUGAGGAGGACACCUACAGGGAAUAUUACUAUAGUGGCAGCAGUAGCAGCAGAGAAACAAAUCAGUUUGAGAACAGAUACCCUUAUGAUGAGCAAGUGCAGCAUCAGUCGAGGUCUUACCAACGGAACAGAACCACAUUUACCAAGCAAUAUGAGCGGGCAGCUCAACGACCAAAAUCUGUCGGUGCCAAUGUGUCUGGUGCCACCGCCGCCACAGGUGCAGCAGCAAGUGUUAUCAGUGGUACAGGGAGUGGUACCACAGCAGCAGUUAGUGGAGGCAGCACGAGUGCUGGUGGUGUUAGCAGUGGUACUGGUGUCAACCAAAGCAGUGCAGUGCCUGUAAGUGGGGGAGGCAGCAGUGCAGUAGCUGCAGCAGCCAGUGGUAUCACAAGCAGUUUGCAGAAGCAUUCCUUUGAUGAACGCUAUCACGAGCAGUAUGCCAGCGAUCGAGAGAGUUUUGAUCGACCACGGGUUCCAACACUAUCACCGACAUGUUCAAAUUCCCAGGCGAGCAGUCGGCAUAGUAGCAGACGCAAGGGUUCUGUGUCAGUUUCUCGUUCCUCCAGUCGAAGUCGAUCGCGCUCCAGUUCCAGUAGUGGUUACAGUCAGUCCUCGUCGGGAAGCAGUCGCUCCAGAUCACAUUCCAGAAGUCGAACCAGUAGCCGAGGCAGUCUACGGCGAGUGCCUGUAGUGUCUGUGUCGGGUCAGAAACACUCAAAGUCGGAGAGUCAGAGUAUGAUGUCAAGUAAAUCAUCAACGGCAGAAACACAGAGCUCUGAAAGGAAACCACUUGGAAUCUGUGUAAUGGGAUUACCUCUUCGAUCCAGUGAUACUAGCCUUAGGGAUGGGCUUUUUCAUGAAUACAAAAAGCAUGGUAAAGUAACUUCAGUGCAGGUGCUAGGACAAGGAGAAGAACGAUAUUCUGUGGUCAGUUUUAGAAAACCAGAGGAUGCUGCAAAGGCCUUGGAAGCUUCUCAAGAUAAGAUGUUUUUUGGGAAGAAAAUUAAAGUUAUGGCACAUGAAGGUGUAGAAGUUGAAGAUAAUGAAUUCCGUCCUCCUGAGGCUGAGUGUGAUGAAUAUCAUCCAAAGGCCACACGGACAUUGUUUGUUGGUAACUUGGAGAAAGAGAUUACAACACAAGAACUAAGAGACCGUUUCAAGUCGUUUGGAGAAAUCAUAGAUAUUGAUAUCAAACGCCAGGGUGCAGUAUCAGCCUAUGCAUUUGUACAGUAUGCAGAUAUCACAAGUGUUGUCAAGUCACUACGUAAAAUGGAAGGAGAACACAUAGGAGCGAAUAAAAUUAAGUUGGGAUUCGGGAAAAGUAUGCCUACCAAUUGUGUCUGGCUUGAUAACUUGUCCGAGUCAGUGACGGAAAAGCUUCUGUGUCAACAGUUUGGUCGUUAUGGAGAAGUUAGUCAUGCUGUGAUUGAUCGCUGCAAAGGCAGGGCACUAAUCUAUUUUACUAGUAUGGACACUGCACAAUAUGCAGUUAAUGAGAUGCGGAGCAGAAUUUUAAAGAAAAAACGAAUACAGACUGGUGACUUUAGACUUGAUGGACAUCUCAAUAUUGAUUUUGCAAGUCGAGAUUGUCAAACAGCAUUUUUUGAGAAAAUGGAACGGACUGGCCAGUUGCAGCCUGGAGAACGUCCAGAUGAGCGAGGUGGUCGCUUAUAUAGACACAACAGAGGAACAAGCUUUGAAUAUUACGAUUCACCGGCAACGCCGUCUGCUUACAAAGAAGACACUGCACGGUAAAGACUGGAUUCAUUUCUGUACAAGUAGUUCUGUUUUACUUUCUUGCUUAACCCUUUAAUAUUCA